AUGCUGUUCAAACCAUUCAGCAACACACUCAUACCCUCCUCCUUCCUGUCUCUCUGUGCUUCCUUCCCUGUCUUCUGUCCUCCUUCCCUGUCUUCUGUCCCCCUUCACUCCUGUGCUCCCAUCUCUUCCUGCUUCCGUGCUUUCUCUCUCUCUCUCUCUCUCUCUCUCUCUCUCUCUCUCUCUCUCUCUCUCUCUCUCUCUCUCUCUCUCUCUCUCUCUCUCUCUCUCUCUCUCUCUCUCUCUCUCUCUCUCUCUCUCUCUCUCUCUCUCUCUCUCUCUCUCUCUCUCUCUCUCUCUCUCUCUCUCUCUCUCUCUCUCUCUCUCUCUCUCUCUCUCUCUCUCUCUCUCUCUCUCUCUCUCUCUCUCUCUCUCUCUCUCUCUCUCUCUCUCUCUCUCUCUCUCUCUCUCUCUCUCUCUCUCUCUCUCUCUCUCUCUCUCUCUCUCUCUCUCUCUCUCUCUCUCUCUCUCUCUCUCUCUCUCUCUCUCUCUCUCUCUCUCUCUCUCUCUCUGCUUCCCUGUCUCCCUGCCAGAGCGAUCACCGUGGGUGGCAGGGGGCGCAGUCCCUGGCGCUACAACCUGCACAACUGGCGCCCCUCGACGGCUGUUCGUGCAGGCGAUGUGCUCGUGUUCAAGUGGAGGGGCGUCAUUCCCCAUGACGUGGUCCUCAUGGACUCAGAGGGCACCUAUGGAAGCUGUGACUUCGGAGCUGCUAAGAAGCUCACACGGAUCGUCAACUCCAAGACGUACAGGUACAAGGUGCCGCAGUCAGCAAGGGGCCAGACCCUUUACUUCUCCUGCAGUGUGCCUGGCCACUGCUCGCCUGGCAACAUGAAAGUGGCCAUUCAAGUCAAGACAUGA